AUCACCACUCAGUGCUUCAUGAGCCACUGUUACAUUAAUAGUGAGUGGUGACCUCAACAACACCCAAACACAAGAACAUCUUUCAAUUGUCAUUCCCCCAUGAAUCCUUCUACUGAUUUCUUGUUAAACCCAGUUUUCUUACAUGGGUGUGUUGCUUCCAUACAAUUCGUGUUCUUGUUCUUCAUAUUUGUCUCCUGGGCUUCCAAAAGAUUCAAGAUUGAUCGAACUUUGGUUCCGAAACAGAGUCAUGGGUGUUUGUUUUACAAACAAACUCUCUUUUGCUCUCUUGUUCUUUCACUCUUCAAUCUUGUGUUGUGUUUCUUGAACACUUUUUAUUGGUAUAGAAACGGCUGGACUGAUGAAAAGAUUGUGACCCUUUUGCAUGCUGCUCUUGGAGCACUUGUUUGGUUGUUUGUUUCGGUUUACUUACACACACUUUUUUCAAAUUCGUCGACAGAAUCUAGGAAAUACCCUUUUGUUUUAAGGUUUUGGUGGGUUUUUUUCUUUUUAGUUUCUUGUUACUCCCUUGUGGCAGACUAUGUUUACUACAAAAGAACCCAUGAUUCAGUUUCUAUGUUCUUUGUCUCUGAUUCUGUGUCUAGUUUCAUGGGUUUGUUUCUUUGUUUCGUGGGGCUGUCCCAUAAAACAGUGGAAGAGUCUCAAAAUAAUAAUCUUGAAGAACCCCUUUUGAAUUCUGGUGUCUCUAGAGGUGAACUUGCAUCAACUUAUGAAAAUGCAAGUUUCUUUAGCCUCCUGACAUUUUCUUGGACGAAUUCUGUGAUUGCAAAAGGCAACAAAAAGCCAUUAGACCUUGAAGAUAUUCCUCUGCUUGCAAAUAUUGAUAGUGUGAGAGAAGUGUUUCCUGUUUUGUUGAAUAGAGUAGAGUCCUUAAGCAAUGGGGGUAAUCAAAUCACUACAUUUGGUCUCGCAAAAGCCUUGCUCUACAUCGUGUGGAAAGAGGUCGUGAUCACAGGAUUGCUUGCUUUAGUGUAUGCACUGUCUAGUUUUGUUGGUCCUUACCUCAUAGACUCAUUCGUUCAAUAUCUGAAUGGUCACCGAGAUUAUGAAAACCAAGGUUUUGUUUUGGUGGCUGUAUUCUUUACUUCAAAGAUUAUUGGCUGUUUGGCGCAACGGCAUUGGUGGUUCAAGCUCCAACAGGCCGGAAUUAGAGCCAGGUCCGCCAUGGUUGGCGUGAUUUUCCAAAAGGGCUUGACCAUUUCUGGCCAGUCAAAGCAAGGGAACUCAAGUGGCGAAAUCAUAAACUUCAUGGCAGUUGAUGCUGACAGGAUAGGUAACUUUGGUUGGUAUGAUAUUUGGCUAGUACUCGUCCAAGUAGCAGUUGGAUUAGCACUUUUAUAUAAGAAUUUAGGGUUAGCCGCGGUUGCUUCAUUAAUCGCUACAGUUUGUGUGUUGUUGGCCAACCUUCCACUCGGGAACGUACAAGAAAAGCUUCAAGAUGACUUGAUGAAAUCUAAAGAUAAAAGGAUGAAAUCAACAUCUGAAAUCUUGAAAAACAUGAGGAUUCUUAAACUUCAAGGUUGGGAAAUGAAGUUCUUGUCGAAAAUCAUCAAGCUUCGCGACGAAGAAGAAGGUGCAUUGAAGAAGUAUAUGUAUACAUUAUCCUUGAAUUCUUUCUUGUUCUGGGGUGCUCCAACUGUUGUAGCCGGGAUCACUUUCGCAACAUGUUUGUUAGUUGGCAUCCCACUUGAAUCAGGAAAGGUACUUUCUACACUUGCAACGUUUAAAAUACUUGAAGAGCCGAUUUACAAUCUUCCAGAGUCGGUUUCAUUUUUUUUUCAAACUAAAGUCUCGCUUGAUCGCAUUGCCACAUUCCUCCGUACCAAGGACAUAGAUUCUGAUGCUAUAACUAAAGUUCCACAAGGCAGUUCUAGCACAGCUGUUGAGAUUAUUAAUGGGUGUUUUUCAUGGGAUUUAGCUGCAUUUUCUAACCCAACUUUGAAAGAUAUAAACAUUAGAGUGAAUCAAGGCAUGCGAGUUGCUGUUUGUGGGACUGUUGGGUCGGGGAAGUCAAGCUUACUUUCUUGUAUUUUGGGGGAGAUUUCAAAGAUAUCAGGAAGCGUAAUAGUAGAAGGAUCAAAGGCUUAUGUAGCUCAAUCACCAUGGAUACAAAGUGGAAAGAUUGAAGAUAAUAUCUUGUUUGGCAAGGAGAUGGAUAGAGAGAGGUAUGAGAAGGUUCUAGAAGCAUGUUCUUUGAAGAAAGACCUUGAAGUUCUUUCCUUUGGUGAUCAAACAGUUAUCGGUGAACGAGGGAUCAAUUUGAGCGGAGGUCAGAAGCAGAGGAUACAAAUCGCACGGGCUCUUUAUCAAGACGCUGAUAUUUAUCUUUUUGAUGAUCCAUUUAGCGCAGUUGAUGCUCAUACAGGAAGUCAUCUUUUUAAGGAAUGCAUCUUGCGGUUUCUGGAGUCGAAGACAGUGAUUUACAUCACACAUCAAGUAGAGUUCUUACCUGCUGCAGAUCUCAUCCUGGUUCUAGGAGAUGGAAGAAUUACACAAGCCGGAAAGUACGACGGCAUUCUCAAUUCAGGAGGCGACUUUAUGGAUCUUGUAGGCGCGCACAAAGACGCGUUAUCAGCCAUUGAUUCCAUAAAAACAAGUGUUCAAGAACACACAAAUAGCUCCAAGAACACAAACGAUAGUCAAAACGAUGAAGCAAAUGGUAUCUCCGGCUCAAAAGCACAGCUUGUUCAAGAAGAAGAACGUGAAAAAGGAAGAGUGGGUUUCUCAGUCUACUGGAAAUACAUAACAACGGCUUACGGAGGCGCACUAGUACCAUUCAUAAUAUUGGCACAAGUUCUCUUCCAAGCACUACAGAUUGGAAGUAAUUACUGGAUGGCUUGGGCAUCUUCAGGGUCACCAAGUGAUCAAGCACCAGUUACAGGCUCAACCCUGAUCAUUGUUUAUGCAGGUUUAGCUGUUGGAAGUGCGUUAUGCAUACUUGCAAGAGGCUUGCUUCUUGCAACCGCUGCGUAUAAGGCAGCCACUCAUCUCUUCCACAAAAUGCACUUCGCCAUUUUCCGGUCGCCCAUGUCUUUCUUUGACUCUACUCCUAGCGGACGAAUUCUAAAUAGAGCAUCUACAGACCAAAGUGCGGUGGACAUGAAUGUUCCUAACCAAAUGGGAUCAUUUGUAUUCGCUGUCAUACAACUUCUUGGCAUCAUUGCAGUUAUGUCACAGGCUGCUUGGCAGACGAUCACUAUAGUUAUUCCGGUCGCAGGAACGAGUAUUUGGUUACAGCAAUAUUACUUACCUUCAGCGCGAGAAAUGGCACGGAUAGCUGGAGUUUGUAAAGGUCCAGUGGUACAGAAUUUUGCUGAAACAAUAUCAGGGUUAACAACCAUCAGAAGUUUUGAUCAACAAACCAGAUUUCAGAACAUGAAUCUGAAACUAAUUGACGAUUUUUCAAGGCCAAAGUUUCAUAUUGCUGCAGCUAGGGAAUGGUUAGGAUUUUGUUUGGAUAUGCUGUCUUGUUUUACGUUUGCUGCGUUUUUAACUUUCUUGGUUUCUAUCCCCGAGGGAACUAUUGAUCCAAGUAUCGCCGGAGUGGCUGCUACUUACGGGCUUACUUUGAGUAGUUUACAAGGAUGGAUAGUAUGGACUCUUACCGACCUCGAAAACAAGAUUAUUUCGGUUGAAAGAAUAUUUCAGUACUCUUCUAUCCCAAGUGAACCUCCUCUUGUUAUAGCAUCAAAUAGGCCUGAUGAUCAAUGGCCAUCACAAGGAGAAGUUAAUAUACGUCAUCUGCAGGUUCGGUAUGCACCACAUAUGCCACUUGUGUUGAGAGGCCUUACAUGCACUUUCAGUGGGGGAAGGAAAACUGGGAUUGUUGGAAGAACGGGAAGUGGGAAGUCGACUUUGAUACAAACACUCUUCCGCCUUGUGGAGCCAGUGGCCGGACAGAUUCUGAUAGACGGAAUUAACAUAUCCACAAUCGGACUUCAUGAUCUUCGUUCAAGAUUGAGCAUAAUUCCACAAGAUCCUACCAUGUUUGAAGGAACUAUUCGAAGUAACAUGGAUCCCCUUGAAGAGUUUACAGAUGAUAAAAUUUGGGAGGCUCUCGAUAAGUGCCAACUUGGAGACGAAGUGAGAAGUAAGGAAGGGAAGCUUGAUUCACCAGUUACUGAGAAUGGAGAGAACUGGAGUGUGGGUCAAAGGCAGCUGGUGUGUCUUGGGCGCGUGCUACUCAAGAAAACCAAAGUCUUAGUACUUGAUGAAGCCACUGCAUCAGUGGACACUGCUAGUGAUGGUAUGAUUCAACAAACACUGGGGAAACACUUUACCGACUCUACUGUGAUAAUGAUUGCUCAUCGUAUCACCUCUGUGCUUGAUAGUGACAUGGUUUUGGUUCUAGAACAAGGCCUGGUUGAUGAAUAUGACUCUCCAAAGAAGUUGCUAGAAGAUGAUUCAUCUUCAUUUGCAAAGCUUGUUGCUGAGUAUAGUAUGAGAUCUAAUUCCAGUAUCAAGACUUAACUAGCAGGAACUAAUAGACCUGAUUUCAAAUCCUACCCGAUUUCAAGGCAGCUACCACUUCUCUAACCCAUCAAUAUUCACGCUUGAAGGUGUGUAGGUUUUUACAGUUUAGAAUUGUUUUACAUCUCUCUCUGUAUUGUAUAUGUUUUCCUUCAAAUUAAAGUAUUUUGAUGGUAAUAUCAAAAUCCUUAAUGGGUUACUAAAAGAGAAAACUAGAACAAGUAUGUCUUGAGACUUUGAUACCCAAAAAAUAACUAAGUUGCCCAAGGUCCUUCAUAGCGAACUCAUGAGAGAGUGACCUAGAAAAUGAGUCCGUCAUUAGACGAGGUAGUAAGGAUGAUGUCAACAACAUAUAUGAGAAGAUAUGCCAUACAUGGUCGCAAAAGUCGCUAGGCGCUCCCUAGUCGGAGUCGGGAGUGCUUGGGAAGUACUCGUCCUAGGCGGAGAGUGCUUGGGAAGUACUCGGCCUAAACGAAGAGUAUUCGUGCCUCGGCAGCCUACCUUGUAGGGAGUACUCGAGGAGUACUCAGCCUUCGAGGCCUUGUUUUACAACCAUGAUGCCAUAUCAAGACCCUGUUGAAAGAUGAAUAAUGAGGUGUCAUAGUGACUUUGUUUGAAGCCAAUCCGUGUAACCAAAUCAGUGAACUUUUAGUACCAAGCCCUAGAUGCUUAUUUUAGGCCAUAGAGGGAUUUCUUUUGCCUACAAACAUAAUCUGGAAAAUCCUGAAGACGAAACCCCAUAGACAUAUACCGUUUUAUUUAAAUCCCAAUGUGAAAAAGCAUUCAUGACGUCUAACUGACGAAUGAGCCAUGACUUUGAUAAAGCUAAAGAUAAGACCAUCCGAAUAGUAGUGGGUUUAACUAUGGGACUGGAAGUUUCCCCAUAGUCAACACCCAUUUGUUAAUUUUCGACCAUCGCAUACCCAAUGUGCUUUGUACCGCUCCAACGACCCAUCCAAUUAAAAUUUUUGUCAAAAUAACCACAUGCUUCAGUGAAUGUGCCUGCCAGAAUGUCCAGGUACAAGUUCCCAUGUGUUGUUUUUAAUAAGGGCAUUAAACUCAUCGGACAUGGCAUCAAACCACUCAGUUGUAGACAAGGAAUCUUUAGAGUUUUUAGGUACAUGUAUAAAAGCGGUAGUGUGUAGAUUAUAUGGGCGAGCAGGUUGGACAAUACCGUCCAUGGACCGAGUUCGAAUGGUUCAAACCGGUGGGGGUUAGGCUGGUGGUUGGAUAAGUUGGGUUGGGUUGGAGAU